GGAUACUGGAAGGUAAAAAAAAAAGAAGAAACCAAACACACACAGUUCAUUCGAUCUGACCCAUUUUAUUUCUCGACACACAUUAGCUCGGAUUUAUGGAUACCAUCCACCGAGUGUCCAAACGAAGCUUGUCCACUGGCAAGAUUUGAUGCCUCUCGCUCAACCACGUACAAAAACAUCAGCGAACCUUUCAAAAUCGUCUAUGGUAUUGGUAACGCGAAUGGAUCCUAUGCCCGCGACAUUGUUUCUAUCGGGCAGCUCCAAGUCGAGAAUCAAAUAUUUGGACUGGCAAAGCAAACGGACAACAUUGUUGCACCGGGAUUAAGCGCUGAAGAUCUACAUGAUGUGCUUUACGAUGACGAUGACGACGACGACGACCAUGACGACAAUGACCAUGACGACAAUGAUAGCGACAUUGACGAUCGCGAUGAAAUAGCCAAUGGCAUUUUUGGCCUCGGAUACCCGCAUCUCACAUCUUCCAUGAAGCACGGUAGUAGUAAAAGCAAAAGCAGUGACAAUAACGACAAUAGCAGCUACGAUCCGUUUGUGUUCAACUUGGUCAAACAAGGCCUAAUUCCUGAACCAGUGUUCUCGAUCUACAUGGGUUCCAUGUUUGACGACGGCUGGGCGGGCGAGCUAUUAUUGGGAGGUAUUGACGAGACAAAGUAUGAGGGCCAACUCGAGUAUGCUGCUGUCGCCCCGUUUGAAGAAAACAAUAAGAAUGACGCGCCAUACACAUACUGGAUGACGCAUGGUCAAGCAGUACGUCUGAAGCAGGAAAACAGCAGUCUCCUGGUGGACCACGUGUUUCCCGAAAAGCAUGGGUUCAUCAUUGAUACCGGCACCACGUUGACGUACAUGGACCACGCCAUUGCCAAUCAAAUCGUGCAAGCUGCAGCCGGAACCCAGAGUGUCGUGUUAGACAAUGCGUCGGGAACGUAUAUCGUGCCAUGCAGCAUCCACAAGUCGUCCAGCCGGUUGGAGCUAUUGUUGGUCCCGGAAAAGAAGACAAACAGCACUGGUGCUUCCAAGCAGAGAAACAAGGACAAGGAUGCUAUGGUGAUCAGUGUUCCCAUGCGUGAUCUGGUGAUCCCGCUCGAUGACGACGAUUUGGAUGAAGCCACGCAGUGCAUGUUUGGUAUUGCUCCGUGGUUGCCUAGCGACACUGGCAGUGCGGCGCAGCUGGGGAACCAAGGAUUUGUCUUGGUCGGCGACACAGUGCUCCGAUCGACCUAUCUCGUGUUCGACAUGGGCCGUGACCGGAUUGGAUUUGCGGCAGCUCAGGGUUUGGGAGGAGACGUGACACGUCAAGGAUCGUCCUCCUCCUCUUCCUCCUCUUCGUCCUCCUCGGCAGAGCAGCAGCACCAGCAGCAGCAGAGUGGUGCGAGCGGUGAUAGCGGCACUACUAGCAGCCACGGUGUACCAUCGUCAAAAAGAAGAAACGGACUGACUACAGCGGUGGUACUGGUAGCUAUUUCGUUAGCAGUCUGCAAUGUGUAGUGCAUGUAACAAAAAGAAAAAUAGAGCAGCUCGUCUUGUGUUACUCUGUGGUGUGUUUUUUUCUGGGGGGAGGGGAGUUGAAGAAAGGGAUCGACGGAAAAGUAUAUAUAAAGCAAAAGAAGAGAAGAGAAAAGAAAGUUACUUUUUGUGUUAUAUGCGCUUGUGUACAAUGCUUGGUCCGUGCGCUUGGCCCCCCCGAUACGAAUGCAGAUUGCCUGUCAAAAAGAACAAGAGAACAAAAGGAGGGGGAAGAUCCAUGGCUUCUCAGCAUCGUUCGGGUCUCACCAGAAAUCAUCUGCUCUUUUAGUGGUAGUCAUGGUAGUCAUGGUAACUAAAGCAGCACCAGCACCAAACGGCCAAUUACGAUUGGUUCAUUUCGAUUGGUUGCUGUUUUUAGACAUUUCCCCUAAAGGACGCGCACGACAGGACAGGACAGGACAGGACAGAACAGGGCUGGGUUAUUAUUUUCCAGUAAUCACACGGCGCA